GGCGGCCUCAACCGCCCGUACGUUGCCACGCUACUCAUUCCGUGGCCCCACCCCCGCACUCAUCCUCCAUCUCCAUCUCCCAACCCCGCAUUCUACUGUUCCAUCUUUCCACCUCCAUCCACCACAAUCCCUCCCACCAUGAGCUCUUACGACGCAACAAUCGACCCAGCACUACGCGACCUCCCCCCUCCUCCACCAGCAGCAGGCGUCAAGCGCAAGAUACGAGCUGCAAACGCUUCCCCAGUCCCAAUACCUCAAGACAGAGGAAGGGUCACUCGCAGGUCGGCUGCCGCUCUCCUUUCAGCAGCUCAGCAACUUCAUUCCGCCACGUCGCCCAGCAGUGACAAGGCCCUUUCCGCUCCCGAUCUUGAACCCUCUAGAGGCGAAGAGGAGAACAAGUAUCAGUGGACGCCACGAGACAGCGCUAAACGCUCUCGGCAUCGCUCUCCUUCCAGUCAUGCCGGCGGCGGCGGCGGUGGCCAUGCUCCUGCUCCACCCCGCGUCAACAACUGGACAGCUGCCCUAGCUGCAGGAUCUCCCAAUCUUUCUCCCACCUCAGCUCCUCCUCAAGGAACAGGUGGCCCCUCAUCGUCGUUGCACUCACCCACUCUUGGCGGCAUCGACAACCUCGCAGCCGCUGCGGCGACAUUCCAGCCCAACCCACCUCGCCAACAACUGCCAUAUCCAUAUGGCCUCACGCCGUUCCGAUAUCCCUGCCUCACGCCACACCUCCCCCAACCCCCACCAGGCGAUCCGACGAAUCCGGCCUUUAUCGCUUUCGAUCCCUCACACGCGAGCCAGAGAAGCACCACCACGUCGCCCAGCGAUUCGUCGCGCUCAAACGGCCACAUGGCGCCGAUGCCCGGCUCGAUGCCCGCGAGCCGACCCUCGUCUCGCGGCCGCGACGACCACUUUGCCUCGUUCUCGACGCUGCUCGCCGCAUCUGAAGCGCACUCGACGCAACAGUCCAUCGCGGGAUCGCAUCCGCCGUCAUACUAUCCUACCCCCGAGCGCGACUUGGGCGGGCGGUAGAGUCGUGAGCAGUGGGCGCUGUGAGAGGUGAUGUGAUCAGCGGACUGCGUAACGUUCCUUUGCGUGGACGGGGAACACAGUAUUAGUGUAUACUGGGGGCAGCUACGACGAGAGAAGAUCAGAGAAGCGGGCAGAUUGUAUCAUAGACAGCUAGAGCUAGAUGCCGGUAGGAGUUAUUUGUGUAAACACGGUGGAAUUCCGCCGGAAGUCUCUGCGCCGUUCUCGUUGACGCUGCUAUACAGCUAAAGCAGCUGCAAGCCCAAUCCCAGACUGCACAUAGUAGUGUAUAUGCGAAGCACGGCCGCAACGUACCCCGCGCCGCUGGACACGAUGAUGGCCAGGACGAUGAGGAAAUCUCCAUCUCCAUGUCCAGCUAGCGCACGUGGGUGAUCGGGGUGCCUUGGUACCACUCUCGACGUAUCGACGUAUCGACGUGCCAGCAUCGCAC